GAGUUGGUGUUGAUGACAUGUUCAUCAUGAUCGCUUCCUGGGAGCAAAGUUCAAGAAAAAAAGAGAAAUCCGAUGUUAAAUCUCGGUUGUCCGAGACUUACGCAGAAGCAGCACUUUCUGUGACCAUCACCACUCUCACAGAUGUUCUGGCCUUCUUCAUUGGCACCUGGACUGCUUUUCCAUCCGUGAGGUCAUUUUGCCUCUAUACAGGCACUGCUUUUGUCUUCUGCUAUGUAUAUACCAUGACCUUCUUUGGCGCAAUUAUUGUAUUAAAUCAUAAAAGGGAGCAAGGAAACCGACACUGGCUAACUUGUAUGCCUGUGGGAGUAGAUAAAGAUCAGGCUCAGAAGUCCUGCUUGUACAAUGCUUGCUGUACAGGCAACUGUUCUGGGGAGUCAACUCAGCUAGAAGCCAAAGAGCCAGAAAGUGAACAUCCAAUGAGCAUAUUCUUUAGGAAGUAUUACGGUCCUUUUUUUACAAAUGUGUGGAUCAAGCUACUUGUGGUGUUGCUGUAUGGAGCAUAUUUGGGUGGCAGUAUUUAUGGAUGUACUCAGAUCAGGGAAGGCAUCGAUCUUCGAAAUCUGGCGAGUGACGACUCUUACGUUAUUCCAUACUAUGAUGACGAGGACAAAUACUUCUCAGCAUAUGGACCCAGGGUCAUGGUUGUCAUUACUCAAAGUGUAGAUUACUGGAAUGAGACCGUUCGUCUUGGCAUUGAGAACUGCACACAGAAUUUAGAGGGCAUUUCCUACGUAGAUAAGAACCUCUCGGAGUCAUGGCUGAGUGUAUACACAAAGCUUGCCGAAAGUGGUUUAGUAGAUAUAAGCAGUAAGACUCUCUUCAUUAAUAACUUGCCUACACUGUUUCACAUUGCUCCCAGUUUUCAGUGGGACAUUAACAAGACUCAGGAUAACAUAGAAGCUUCACGUUUCUUCAUCCAGACGGUGAACGUGACCUCAGCUGUUGAUGAGGAGAAUCUUCUCAAUCAGUUAAGAGAGGCAGCCAAGCAGUGCAGUAUUCCGUUAAUGGUGUACCACCCAGCGUUCAUCUACUAUGAUCAGUACCUGGUAAUAGUGCAGAACACCAUUCAGAACAUUGUUGUCGCUGCCGGGGCAAUGCUCGUUGUCUCCCUUUUGCUUAUUCCCAACCCGUUGUGUUGCUUGUGGGUGACUUUUGCUAUAGCUUCUGUUAUAGUCGGUGUUGCUGGUUUCAUGACGUUUUGGAACGUCAAUCUAGAUUCCAUAUCCAUGAUCAACCUGGUCAUUUGUAUAGGGUUUUCAGUAGAUUUUUCUGCUCAUAUUUCCUAUGCCUUUGUUACGAGUGGAGAGUCAUCAGCCAAUAAAAGGGCAAUCGAAGCUCUGUCCCUGCUAGGUUACCCAGUAUUACAAGGUGCAGUUUCUACUAUAUUAGGAGUAGUUGUCCUGGCUGCAGCAAAAGCCUACAUCUUUAGGACGUUUUUCAAGAUCAUGUUCCUUGUUAUUUUGUUUGGGGCUCUUCACGGUCUUGUUUUUAUUCCGGUGUUUUUAACCUUUUUUGGAAACUUGGGCAGAUCACCGCACGAUACCAAAUCUAAAAAGCUGGAGUUUAGGUUUAGAAAUGAUAACGAUUGUCCGUGA